UAUUCCAACGGGGCAAAUGAUUAGCUUAGGCUAGCCAACCAAGUUGUGCGUGGUAAACGUGCUAAGUUUUGGCCCUUACCAUUUUUUCCUAUAAUUUACAUGGUAUUUUCAACAAUAAAUGAAAGAAACCCAAAACUGAUCAGCAAACAGGUCAACAGAGGAGCAUUGCAACUUAAACGUUUUCAGCUUUGAUGCAGUACAGUCCAAGAUGACGGAAGAGGUGAUUGUCAUCGCCAAGUUUGACUACAUGGCCCAGCAGGAUCAGGAGCUGGACAUCAAGAAAAAUGAGCGUUUGUGGCUCCUGGACGACUCCAAGUCUUGGUGGAGGGUCCGCAACGCCACUAACAAGACUGGCUUCGUGCCCUCCAACUAUGUGGAGAGAAAGAACAGCGCCAGAAAGGCCUCCAUCGUCAAGAACCUCAAAGACACACUCGGGAUCGGAAAGGUGAAGCGGAAAGGUGGGAUGCGUGACACGGCCUCCAACGCCGACUCAGACAUGUAUGACAACGGCGAGCGCCUGUACGACCUCAACCUCCCAGCGCUGGUCAAGUUCAGCUACACAGCAGAACGCGAGGAUGAGCUGUCUCUGGUCAAGGGCACACGCGUGGUGGUGAUGGAGAAGUGCAGCGACGGCUGGUGGCGGGGAAGCUAUAGUGGGCGCUCGGGCUGGUUCCCCUCCAACUACGUGACGGAGGACGUGGACGGGAUGGCUGGCGGAGGUGUGGGCGGGCUGGGCGACCCCACAGGUUCGUUAACAGAGAAGCUAGGGGCGGUCGUUAGCAUCGCGGCUAACGGCAACCGUGUGCUCCACGCAGUGCAAGCACUCUACCCCUUCAGUUCGGGCAACGACGAGGAGCUGAAUUUUGAGAAGGGCGAGGUAAUGGAGGUGGUGGAGAAACCAGAGAAUGACCCAGAGUGGUGGAAGUGCCGCAAGUCAGACGGCCAGCUAGGACUAGUACCCAAGAACUACGUCACCGUGCUCCAGGACUCCACUACCCACAAUCCCUCCUCGCCAGGCCCCGUAGGGCCCCCCACGCCUGACUGCGACUACAUCUCACCCUCGGCCAACGGGCGCUUUGCGGGGAAGCAGUGGUACUACGGCAAGGUGACUCGCCACCAGGCGGAGGUGGCACUAAACCAGAGAGGCACAGAAGGGGACUUCCUCAUCCGAGACAGCGAGUCAUCACCCAACGACUUCUCCAUCUCCCUGAAGGCACAGGGGAAGAACAAGCAUUUCAAGGUGCAGCUGAAGGACAGCCUGUAUUGCAUUGGACAGCGCAAGUUCAGCUCCAUGGAGGAAUUAGUGGAACACUACAAAAAGGCACCCAUCUUUACCAGCGAGCAGGGAGACAAACUGUACCUGAUCAAGGCCCUGGCUUCAUCCUGAUCACACACUUUGUCUCACACACACAUUUCUCAUCUUACACAAGUGAAAAACACACGCAAACAGACAAGAUGCAGUCUCUCACACACACAGAAACAAACACACACUAACGUACAAACUCGAAAAGCCUGGAGACUUUUACACACCUUCAGGACUUAUUUGCUGGGGAAUUGUGAGCAUUCCAAGAGGAAAAGGGUAGAAUUCACGGUUAACCGAGACAGAUGAGAGGCAUGGAGAGUGAGAAAAGGACUGUUGACUUCACAGCGUGUGAACUAUACAGGUCUCUUGGUCUUACAUUGGAAAGUAUCCAGCUGUGUUUAGAUAAUAGGCCAUGUAUUUCCACCAUGACAUCUACAAAUAGGGUGUGCAUUUAUUUUAUUUUUUUGUUAAUAUAUGUAUAUUAUUUUCAACAGUUUCCUUUUAAUAAUGUGAUUAUGCUUUUAACUUGACCCAAUGACAACAUUGUUUGAUAACUCUUUUGGCCAUGGGACAUUGUGAAUCCGGAAUAGAGCCUGAAGUUACACAUUUCAAAUGUCCCCGUCCCCCCCAUGUUGUCUGUCUUAACUUUAGUCUUACAACUGCUACAUUGCAUGGGCAAUAAUGGUCAGACAUCUUUUUAUCUGCUCAACCUGAAUAAAAAUAAUUAAGUGACCAAAUAUAUUUAUUGCUAGGAUUUCAUUUCCCAUUUAUUAAGAAUGAUGACAUUGACAUGUACAAAUAUCAGGCUGUGUGUGCUGGAUAAUAAGCAUUUAAUGAUAUGAGAAAAUGUUACUUGAUAUCUGUAGUGAGAUUGGAGUACAUUUCAUAAAUGAUUGCAGUUAGGGCAUGGCUAUACCCACAGUGUUUCAGCUGGUCACUUGAAUGUCACUGGGUUGAGACAUUAGGCCUAGUAUAUGAAUGGGGUGCUUUCGUCUCUCAUUGGUGUGAGUGUGCUUGUGUAUGUCAUGUGAAUUCCUGAUACUGUCUCUAUCGCUACAAUCUCGCAAGUGGUAGCUGAGAUUGACAGCCUUCAGGGGGAGAAACACUCGAGGAUGUGAGUGAAAAGGCAUUGAUGUCUUCAGUCUUUGCCAACCCCCCAAGGACUGUCUCUUCUUUACAGAAAUGCCACAGAGAAGUGGAACACAACAGCCAUGUCUCAGAGGAGCGAGCUAGGCUAGGGCCUGUCUAGGCAGUGCUCAGAAUUGACGUCAGACCCACUGGAGGGAAGUAGGGAGGAAAGAGGGGUGGAGGGUCAUGAUGUGGUCAUUUGUGUUUGUGUUUUGUACCCUAAUCAAGAAAACACCCUCUUCCUCCCAUUCCCACACAAGUAGAAAUCUCAGUUUUCACAAAAGUUGUGGAUUGGUAUUGAUCACAAGCGAAUAGAAUCAAAACUAUGAUAGCAACACGAUUCCCUCCUGUUUAUUCUAAUCCAAGUGGUGCAUUUCAAUAUAACUUGGAUCUGGGGUGGAUAGUAUAUUUCCUACAUAAGAAGAUGGGAACAAUACUUUUAUGACUAUCACUCUAAAGUUAAUCUGCACAGUGAGAAAGAGACCGAGAGUAGAAGGAAAAGGAUCUGGUAGGCUGCGGAAAAGUAGACCAAGCAGUAUUAGAGCAGAGUUGGUAUGAGAUCUGUUACGGCCAGCAGCCAGCCACUGCUCUGGUCGGUACCAAGGGCUGAUUGCGCUGGAGUAAUGACAUUCCCAGCUUUGGUGAGUUGGACAACCAAACAGGUCAGAACCAGGAAUGGAGAUUUCUUAUUCCUGGUUCUCCCUUCGAAGUUGAGAGAAACGGUAUGGAGGGAGGAUAGCUGAUGGUAUGGACUUCAAUUAUUUCAAAUAUCCUUUCUAUCACUUGCAAGGAAGAGGUUAAACACAAUGAUCAAGCGUUGUAGCAGAGUGGAACACAUUUUUUAUUUUGAGAGGGAGGUUUUGGUUGCAGACCAGAGGAUAUUUUACAAUGUGGAGUAAUGGAUGUAAUGGGAGUAAUGUACUCACAACUCAGGUUGAAGAUCAAUGUUCAGCAUGGCUCUAUUUCACACUAAAUAGAAUGUUGUUUUUGCCAAUUCUAUCCAUCUACACUCUUAUACAGCCAACUUUGUAGUCAAAAUUCCUUAAUUAUACUUUACAGAAUUAUAUUCUGUAUUUAAAAUAUUUUAACAUGUGCCUUUAACGCUGACUGUCAAUACCAAAGGUCAUUGUGUCCUUAGUGCCACCCCCAAUGGUAGUUCUUCGCCCCUAGCUUGUUGUACCGCUUUGUUAUUUGAAUAUAGCUUUGCAUGUACGUUAACAGACUCAUGUUGAGCUGUGUGUCCGGGGCGAUGUCCUCAAAUCCCUGGCUUCUCUAAACUUCCUUAUUGAGAUUUGGGUUUCUAUUAUCGACAGUGUUGAUUUUGGUGGACAAGUCCUUAUGCUUUCAAAACGUGAGUGCGUGUUUUUGAUUUGUAUCUUGGAAAAUAAUAGACGCUAAUGUGUGUAGUUUCAAGUGACCUUACUAUGCUGGUUCCAUUUAAUAUAACUUAAAAAGAAGUAAUUAACAGUGGAAUGCCUAAAUGUGUAUGUGUAAAAGAUAUCCUUUUAUGCUUUGGUGCACAGUACAGAUUAUUAUUCCAACUAGAAUUAUUUGAGCACCUAGGUUGUGAACAUUCAUUGAUGUGAGAAAACAUUUUGUUGUGACAAAAUGCUUAGGUAAUUCUAUGACAGAAAAAUGUUAAAACUGUAAUGUCUAUACCCUCCUCCUGUCAUUUGUACAACUGUAUUUGGUAUUUCAAUAACUGUAAAACUAAUUCACUUCAAUGAAUGCCCACUUAUGUGAAAUAUUAUUCAACUACACAAAUGUUUAAAAUUGUCACGAUACAACUCUCUCCCUCAUUGUUUUUGUGUACUGUCUGAAAUAAGACAUUUCCUUCCAUGCACACCUCUGAAGGCUGCAUGAGCAGAGCCACACUGCUGUAAAGAAACAGUUUGAAAAUUGCUUACAAAGUCAUGGUGUCAGUUGCUAACAAAUAUCAUUAGGGGAUAACCAAUAUUAUCUCUUGGGUAUAUGGGUUUGACAUGAUCAUAGGAGUCUAUGGUGGAUCUCUUUCUUUUGGUUCAUUCAAUGUAUGCUUUAACUGAAACCUGACUUAAAAUGAUUCCCUAAUGAUAUUCACAGCAAAUGAUCCUUGAAAACUUGGUGCUUAUGUGCUGCUGCCAUGUUUGUCAACUCCUGUUAGUUCUUUCUGUAUGACAAAAACAUUCUAUGUGCGGGAGAAUGUGUGUGUGGAUGUGUGUGGGAGAUGGGAGAGAUGAUGCAGGCAGUGGGAUGACAAAGGCUGAGCUGUGAAAAUUGUGUUCAUACUCGUAAUAGUGUUUUAUGGAACAAACAUUUUUCUUCACAUGUAAUAUUUUAGAAGAGUUUAUUAGGCUGUUCAAAGGAAGUAAUAAAUCACUUAAAUGGUAGUUUAUUUCUUUUCCUUUUGAAAUAUUUUACACAUGCACCCCACCUAGUGGCUAACUACACUAAUACACACUUGUUCCAGAGUUUAAAAGAGGUUGUAGCAAAUAGAAGUCACUAACCCUAGCCUGACAGGUAGGGCUGGGUGAUAUCUCAA